CAUUUACUGAACAGUUCAAAGUAUAUAUAUAUUAUUUUUUUUGUUCAAUUUACGGGAAUUUUUUCUGCAUCAAAUGAAAAUUGAGUUAAUUUCUCCAUUUGACCAAGGAUGAGAAAUAGCAAAUGAAAAAAACAUGGAUCGAAGCAAUGAAAUAAUUUAUGAUUUUUCAAAUUUGACGGCAAACGAAGUGGAAAUUGAGACUACGGUAGAAACAAAAAUUACAACCGGCAAACAAUCCAAAUCGAUUGACCAAUUACCAUUUUUUGAUGCAUCCGAUUACUCGAACGGAGCACUUUAUGAUGAAUCAAACUAUUGCUGGAGCCAAACAUUCACCGAAAUUGAAAUUCAUAUUCGACUGCCGGAACAUGUUACAUCAAAAAAUCUUAAAGUAAAUAUAACAUAUACGUCUAUUGAAAUAUACGCAACAUUGAAUGGGGAGCGCAUAACCAUUCUCAGGGGUCAAUUGAGCGAAAAAUGUAAGGCACCAGAUACGAUGUGGACGAUAACCGGUGGAAAUAAACUUAAUAUUAGUAUCGAUAAAACAAAAGAGAUUUGGUGGAAGAAACUUCUUCAGCACGAAAAAGGCGAAAUUGAUGCGAAUCAAAUAGAUUGUUCUCGUCCAUUGGAAGAACUUUCGGCUGAAACUCAGGCCCAAAUCAAUCAAAUUCAAUUUGAUGAACACCAAAAACUAAAAGGUCAACCAACUUCGGAGCAAAUAAAACAAGAAGAAUUACUGCGAAAGGCUUGGGACGCUGAAGGAUCUCCAUUCAAAGGACCAUUCGAUCCCAAAAUUGUUCAAUUUCAGAAUUAAAUUACCUACAAAAAAACGAAA